AUGAGCACAAUGGCGUUGUGGAGUUGUUUGGAGAUCGUCGGGAGUUUGAACAAAGGUCAGAGUUGUGUAACGCUUGAUGUUGGAAUAUGUGGAAUAAACCACGCGUUCAAGGGUAAUGACGCGCCGUUUAGCUCGUGUUCCGACAGACAGGCUCAAUCAGCUCUUAUCGCGAAGUCGCGCACCUUCAUGCCUCGCGGAAACCGCCUUGCAGAGGACUAUAAGAUGGCUCGCGCGCCUCUGGAAGUCUCAGCAAUAAAUCCCGAGCGCGAACCUCGGUGCUUCUUGAUGCGGCUAUGCGACGAGGAGACAAUGUGGUUCGAAGGAAAGGAUGAUCGCCUGCCAGCUGGCGAUGACUGCGGGUGA